CUUUAACAAAUAUAUACCUCAAAAUGAAGUUCACCCUAUUCUGUAUUGCUCUGGCAGCUUUUUUGUCCAUGGGACAGUGUAAUCCGGACUUUCGCCAAAUAAUGCAACAGUGCAUGGAGACCAACCAAGUGACCGAGGCUGAUCUCAAGGAGUUCAUGGCCAGCGGGAUGCAGAGCAGUGCCAAGGAGAACCUCAAGUGCUACACCAAGUGCCUGAUGGAGAAGCAGGGUCAUCUCACCAAUGGCCAGUUCAAUGCUCAGGCUAUGCUCGACACUCUCAAAAAUGUGCCUCAGAUCAAGGACAAAAUGGACGAGAUUUCCUCGGGAGUGAAUGCCUGCAAGGACAUCAAGGGAACCAACGAUUGCGACACGGCCUUUAAGGUUACCAUGUGCCUGAAGGAGCACAAGGCCAUUCCAGGACAUCACUAAUGCCUGAUCCUGUUCGUCCUAGUUGGCUUAGUUGCAUUUUGUAAAAUAAACUUGUUCAAGUUUUACCAAAUCAAAGAUUAUUUGCAGGGAUAAUAACAGGAAUAACUAUCAAAGCCUAUAUAGUUAUCAUUAAAAUCGCAAAAUCCUAUUAAUGCUAAAUAAUGC